AUGUCGUUCAAGGAGUCGCCUCUAUAUCUCUAUUUUGAGCCCGACGCGACUUUGGUCGUCGAAGAAGAAGAAAUCAAAGUCCAUGAGACUGUAAUCGUAGUGUACUCCGGGUUCUUCAAAGCCGCUCUUAACUCUGGUCUUAAAGAGUCUCAUGAAAGACGAAUCGAAAUACAUGAUAUCGGGCUAGAUACUAUGACCGUCGUUCUGAACUGGCUCUACAGAGUACCCCUCACCCCUCUCUACGACACGGAUCUUAAAAAGGAGGAAACAGUUAAUGAUCUCUUCUCUAAUACCACGCUGAAGAAGAUCGAUAACAUACUUCAGGCCUUUGACUUUUUGCAAAUAAAAGGCGCCGAGGUCUUCUACUGGAGAUUUAUGGAAGAUCAAUGUCGAAAGUUCAAAUGGGGGCCGCCAUAUUUUGUGCCUGAAACAUGCCGCAAUAUCCCAGCUGCCUUGAAUAGUAUCUACAGAUAUGGUUAUUCUUUACCCGAGAAAUACUUAGAUAGGGUGAUUCGGGAAAUUAAGGAAAACGGGGGUAAUAGUUUCAUAGGAAACCUAAGAGGUGGGCUAAAAAAGAUAGAGGAACCAGAUCCAAGGUUCCUUCGAGAUUUAUCUGUAUCUUUGGCAAAUGUACUUGCAAAUUCACGCUAG